ACAAGAGGUCAAGUUAAUCUAGGAAGUCAACUGAUUUGUUAAGCCGGACCAGAAAGUUCGCUGACCUGUGAAAGACCACAGGAAUGUUCAAAUUAGCCUAAAGUCAACCAUGAUCAAAGAUAGCGAAAGAAAACAAGCUCUUAAUUGAAUACAACAAUGACGUCUUUAAAACCUGAUUUAUCAUCGCAAAUAUUGGAAUUUUUUAGUCACGAUUGCCUUCAGGCAUUGGAAGGUGAAAUUGUGAAAACGGCCCAAAAGAGAGCGACAUAUAGUUACAAUCAACGAAAUGUGCACAACCAAAACUUUCACCAAAACAAAUCUGCUUACAGGAAAUGAAACUCUAGAAGCCAAAACAUUAUCCCCACCAACCCGUGAGGGCCCUAAAGACAAGGAGAUACCAGAUAUUUGCGUGCAAUCUUGGCAGUCAACAGAUGAAAACAAGAACUCACACACCAAUCUAGAUCAUCUUGGAAUAGACAUGUGCUCUGCCACAAAGACUGCGUUAAAAUUUCCGGCAAGAAACUGUGUCUUGAGAAGAAUCAGCGAAGAAAGAAUAGAAACGCAAAAAGAUGAUGGUAAACUGAAGCCAGAUGAUAAAUCAGCGAGGAGAAGAAAACAAAGCUUAUCGUUGGAUCCACAACUAGUACUCCAGUGGGCUGCCACGUACAAUGAUGUUGAUACCUUAAAAAAUGUAGUGGAAGGCACGAAAGUCGAUCUUAAUGCUCCAGGAGUUGAUGGGUCGUAUGCCUUACAUCGAGCUGCUAGCACAGGGAGCCUUGAAUGUCUUCAGUAUCUCGUGACCAAAGGUGCGCAGCUGGAGGUUCGCGACAAAGAAGGGUCCUCGCCGCUGGAUGCUGCGGUUUGCGAAGGAGAAUUUGACUGCGCGCGCUUUCUUAUCGAAAAAGGCGCGAGUAUCAGUCAUAUUAAAGACGGAUUUACGGACAGGAAUCUGGUUAAAGUACGAGGACGAGAGCGAGCCAUGACCUUCACGUAGCCGGCACACAAAAAGUGCGAAAAUCGGCUCGCAGUUCAAGGGCGAAAUGUUCUUAAACUUUUGUACUCCCUUGGAUCAGUGAAUGAAAUCUGCCUCGCCGUUUAUUCGAGUCGAACAAUGAUCAAAUGAUUGAUUACAUGGAAAGUAAAUGGUAGUAAGAUGUAUCGAGGAAGAGGUUCCUCAAAUAGGUUGAAGUGCAGUUUGCACAUAAAAUCUGACUACAGACGCGUCGACGAGAUCGGCGCUCUCGAAGACGAAUGGGAGAACUGCUUGCUCAUCAGUUUCUUUACUGAUUAAUCGCGCUUGAGUGUAACAGGUGACUAGAUACCUCUUAACUGAGGGAAGGAUAAAAAGGACUGUGGAAUUCACGGUUAAACUUGAAAUAAGAACAAUUUGGGUAAUUUAUAUUUUUAGAGUAAUCUAUGAAUCAUGUCAGUGCUUGGUGAAACAGGUUUCGUCAAAAUUUUGAAGGAACCAUCGCUCUUUCGGUUCAAAGGGUAAAAAAAAAAAGUAUCUUUGCUUAAUGAAAAAAUUAAAAUUGUCAAUGGAAAUACAAAAG